AGUCAGGAGGGACACAAACACUGUGAGAGAGAGAGAAAGAGAGGAGGGAAAGAGAGAAGAGAAGGUUUCCUCCCCUCCUCGCUGCACUGACCCAUGAAAGAAGCCAUGCCGGUGCUCACAGCAGGAGCGGGGCUCCACGAGACGCUGGCCCUGCUGACCUCUCAGCUGAGGCCCGACGCCAAUCACAAAGAAGACAUGGUCUUCCUCAAAGACGUGUUCAGUGAGAGGAGCUUAGAAUACCUCAUGAAGAUUCAUGAGAAGCUGAGACAGUAUGAGAGACAGAGUCCGACGCCCGUCCUCCACAGUGCCUCUUCUCUGGCAGAGGAUGUGGCCGAGGAGCUGCAGGGUGGACCGAUGAGCACCGAGGAGAAGGAGCUGCUGCACCUGCUGACGUCACCACACCUCAAGGCCGUUCUCUCGGUGCACGACACCGUGGCGCAGAAGAACUUUGAUCCCGUGCUGCCGCCGCUGCCGGACGACUUUGAGGACGAGCUGGAGGAAGAGUCGGUGAAGAUCGUCCGGCUGGUGAAGAACAAGGAGCCUCUGGGAGCCACCAUCAGGCGGGAUGAAGCCACCGGAGUGGUGGUGGUGGCUCGGAUCAUGAGAGGAGGUGCAGCCGACAGAAGUGGUUUGGUCCAUGUAGGAGACGAACUCAGGGAGGUGAACGGGGUCUCUGUGAUCCACAAGAGGCCUGAUGAGAUCAGUCAGCUGCUGUCCCAGUCCCAGGGCUCCAUCACUCUAAAGAUAAUCCCUGCCACUAAAGAAGAGGACCGACUGAAGGACAGCAAGGUGUACAUGAGGGCUUUGUUUGACUACAUCCCAUUGGAAGACAAAGCGACGCCAUGCCAAGAAGCCGGACUUCCUUUCAAGCGAGGAGACAUCUUGCAGGUUGUGACCCAGGACGACCAAACGUGGUGGCAGGCGAAGCGAGUGGGCGACAGCAACCUGCGGGCCGGACUCAUCCCGUCCAAACACUUCCAGGAGAGGCGACUGGCCUACAGGAUGAAAAUGGGCACGCUCCCGAAUCCAAAAUCCCCUAAAAAGCCUGUCUAUGACCAAGGAUGUGAUAAAGAGGACUGUGACUGUGAGGGCUAUUUCAAUGGACAGUACAUAGUCUCUCCUAAGUGUAAAGCAGUGGCGCCCUCCUGUGGCCAGGUGUUUUCCUGGGAAUUUUAUUCAGCUGGUUUACGGAGAAGUUUCCGGCUGAGUCGCAAGGACAGACAAGGAUCCUCCGGAGAGAGUUCUGACCCUGGAGACCCCGAUUACCUGACGUAUGAGGAGGUGACCCGCUACCAGCAGAAGCCCCACGAGAGGCCCCGUCUGGUGGUUCUGAUCGGAUCUCUUGGAGCACGGAUCAAUGAGCUCAAACAGCGUGUGAUUGCUGAAAACCCACAUCGCUUUGCAGUCGCUGUACCACACACCACCAGGCCCAAGAAGCCUCAUGAGAAGGAGGGAGUGGAGUACCACUUUGUCACCAAACAGCAAUUUGAUGCGGAUGCUUUAAACAACAAGUUCAUCGAGCACGGCGAGUACAAGGAAAACCAGUAUGGCACGAGUAUAGAGGCCAUCCGUUCCGUGCAGGCCAAGAACAAGAUGUGUGUGGUGGACGUGCAGCCUGAGGCCCUGAGGAGGCUGCGGACAGCAGAGUUCAAGCCCUAUGUGAUAUUUGUCAAGCCUCGUGUUCCUGAGAGCAGACGCCGCCGCAGCGCCGCCACUUCACCAGGAGGGGGAGAGCACAGCCGCGUCACAGAUGAAGACCUGCAGGAGAUGCGUCAGUCUGCCAUCCAGACUGAGCAGCAGUAUGGACACCUGGUGGAUCGGGUCCUGAUCAAGGAGGACUCAGCCAGUGCCUGUGCAGAACUCCGGGGUAUCUUGGAAAGGCUAGAGCGAGAGUCCUUCUGGGUGCCUGUCAGCUGGGUGCGGACCUAAAUCCCCCUCCCCCUCCUCUCCCACCGCACCCCUCCAGGAGAACUUCACAGCCAACCCACUCAGAUCCUGCACUGGUCCUCUCCUGAUCCCCUUCCCCUGCUGGCCGGCCCGGGAGUCUGCUGAGCUCCCUUUGAAUGACUGAAGCAAGGCUGCUCAGACAUAUAAACUGAGGCACCAGAGGGAGAGGAUGAUGUCAGAGGAAUACCUCGUUAUAUUGCGUGUUUCAGCAGAUCGACAGCUCUCUCGGUCCAGAAAAUCACAGUCUCACUGUCACUCCAAGUCAUAUUUAUUCAGGUUUGAUUUUUACUUAUUUAUUGACUUCAGAGAAAAGUUUAACAAGUGUUUUAUUCCUCACGCUGUCACUGGAGCGUGGCAGCUUCGGGAUCUCACUCAGAGGAUUGCUCAGUCAGUCAGCUUUAUCGUGACUCUUUUUGGAGUACCUGUAGUAGCAUGUUUUUUUUUUUAGCUUCACACUUUGAUUCAACUCAAUGCCAAUCGCAGAAUGCUUCCUGUUAAUUCCUGCUGCUCAUGCAUCCUGUACAGUGUAACAACCAUUCAUACACUCAGCAGAACAGGAGAAAUUGAUAUAUAGAGUCUAGUGAAUGCCAUUUGAAACUGUUGUUUUUUUGCUAAAUCUGAUUUCCACACACGAAAAAUGAUAUCCGAAUGGAAUGUGAGAAUUUUAUUUUCUACGAAACUGUUUGUUUUUAAGGAAACGCAUGAUUAUUUAAUCUCAGAUGUAUAUAUUGUAAAUGUUUACUCCUGGUGUGCCAACGAAAGAUCUCGUAGCACUUCAAUGCAACCUGUUUACCUUCGGUCCCGGGGAGCCCACCUCCUGUUUGUGUGUACAGAGUGACGCCGCGCACAAAGUGUGCGUGGACGGGUUCACACACACCGACACGAGACGCUCAUUUUACAUGCAGGAAUGGGUUUUGUACAGUUUCCUUGCACAUAUCUGUAUUUUUGACUGCAGAAGAGGAGGCGGGGACUAGAUAUCUGUUUUCUGUGAUAAUCAGGGUUUUGCUUUAUUGAUGUCAGAAAGGACGCUGAGAUGUUUAAAAUGAACACUGAAACUUUUUGCUGAUAAAUCACAAAAUAUGUUAAUAUAUUUAUCAAGCAAAAUUGCCAAACAUUCCUGAGUUACAUUUCUUCUUCUGUAGUGGUGAACUGGACGUCUUUUAAGAAGAUUGUGACGGAUAUUUGUCACUAUUUGGACAUUUUAUUGAGAAAACAGUUAUCGAAUUGGCAGAUUGAUAAUUUAAAAUGAUUUUUAGUUGCAGCCUGAUUUAAAAUUAAAGGCCUGACACAGGAAGAAAUUGUCAUAAAUGUCAGUCUUGCAUUAACAGUGGCAAAUAUCUGAUUCACGGUAAAGGAUGGGUACACAUUGUUUCAAGAGCAAGUGCAUGUAUUUGAACAUUUAAAGAGUUCUUUGUUGGAUAAAUCAUAAUUUUUCUCUCAACAGACUUUCAAUGAAAGGGAUGGGGACAAGAUACAGCCCCAAUCUAUGUGACAAUGUAUUCAAAAUUUAGCAAAAACAGUUGGGUUUGGGUUCUAUCUGGUCAAACAACAUGAGGGAAGACAGUAACUUUGGAGGAGAAUCACUUUAUUAGACUGUCAAAGCCUUUUAUUAGCUUGAGGAGUACUUUUUAAACAGAGCAGAGUCACUUACUAUUAGAAUAACUUUUUAAAAAGGAUCUUUUCACAGCCAGAAUGGAGAGGAGACAUUAUUGCAGUGGCCAAGCUACAUAUUUGAAAAAAUGUGAACCUAUCCUUUAAUGACACAAAUGUUUGGGUUAACUAUCACUUCUGCACUGACAUUUUCUUGUGUGUGUGUGUGGUUUUAAAAGACGCAGCCUCCAGAUCCCCUCUGUUCUUUUUGAAUUUAAACAUGCAAUGAUCUCUUCUGUAUGAACCCAGAAUGUUGAGUUUGUAACGUGACCUGUACAAAGUGCCAUAAUAAAAGCUCGCUGAGUCAAA